AAGACCCGCCUGUGCAUUUGUGCAGAGCGGUGUGCACCGGGCAGAGGAGUGGGGAGCGAGGCGAGGCAGUGAAGACGGCGGAGAGCCCAAUGUUUUAUUUUUGAAGGAGGGACGUUGCGAAACUGGCUUGCAAUCUUUUCUGACUCAUCGUUUGGAAAUAAAGCAUCCUUUUCUUUUUUUUUUUUUUUUUUUUGCACCCUUCCUCCUCCUCCUUCUCCUGGUGAUUCUUCCGUCCCCUCCUUCCCGUACCGCUGGCACUGGAGAGGAAAACACAGUCGGAUUUUGACACCACGUUUGGGGCUGCUUUUGCAAAAUGCGACAUGCUUUCCUGUGAGCGGUAUGUUGUGCGCACCUCGCAGCCUGCUGCUACACCGUGAACAGCAGCAGGACCAGCGGCGGCACCGCUCCGUUUGUUGGUAUUGACUUGUAAAAAAAAGGCUGCAACUCAAGUCUGGCUGCCCACUUUUGGAUUUUAUUUCGGAUUUGGACUCGGCCGUCGGUCUUUGCAGAGCUGACGCGCUGUCAACACGCACCGUGAAGCGGAGGGGAAGGGACAGUCCUGUCACCCAACGUGGAUCCACAGUCGGGGGGCUGUUUAGCAGCACUGCUAGCAGCCUGUCAGGGCACUGACUGGGCAAACUGAACUAGUGCUAAACCCACCACUGUAAAACUACAUGUGCCUGGCUCCCAAUGAUCUCCUAAUCUCUGGGAAUCGCCCGCCGUCCAGGACUGAGGACGUCUCUGCACCCGAAGCUGACUGCGAUCAAGAUGGAGAGCGAGAAGAAGAGGAGAAAAUACUCCACGAGCAGCAACGACUCCGACACCACUGACAGUCAGGUGACAUCAUGGUCCAGGUCAUCCAAGAAUACAGGCACCAGCAGCACAUGGGUCCGCCACCAGCACAAGAAACCAUCAGAGGUGUUUCGUACCGACUUCAUCACGGCCAUGAAGCUGCCGGACUCGGCCCAGCUCGGCCCGGACGACUUCUACGUGCUGUCGGACCCCUGGAGACAAGAGUGGGAGAAGGGAGUACAGGUCCCUGCCAACCUAGAGGCCAUACCAGAACCUGUGGUCAGGUUACUGCCGGAGUCAACAGGUGGUCCAUCCCACACCAGGCAGGAGAGGGAGGGCGACACCCAGCCUCCUCCUCCCACACAGCUCUACAGCUGCUAUGACUUGGACGACCUGGACGUUGCCUGGCUGGAGCUGGUCAACCAUGAGUUCAGACAGAUGGCCCUACCAGAGCUGGACGAGCUGACGAUGGAGUGCGUUCUGGUGGAGCUGGAGAGUGUGUGUGAGGAGAAGAUGCGGCAGGCCAUCGAGACAGAGGAAGGCCUGGGCAUCGAGUACGACGAGGACGUGGUGUGCGACGUCUGCCGCUCGCCAGAGGGAGAAGACGGCAACGAGAUGGUCUUCUGCGACAAGUGCAACGUCUGCGUUCAUCAGGCAUGUUAUGGCAUCCUGAAGGUACCCCAGGGGAACUGGCUGUGUCGGACCUGCGCUCUGGGCGUCCAGCCCAAAUGUCUGCUCUGCCCCAAAAGAGGUGGAGCCCUCAAGCCCACCCGCAGUGGAACCAAGUGGGUCCACGUCAGCUGUGCCUUAUGGAUCCCUGAGGUGAGUAUAGGCUGUCCAGAGAAGAUGGAGCCCAUUACCAAGGUGUCCCACAUCCCCGCCAGCCGAUGGGCUCUGUCCUGCAGCCUGUGUCGAGAACACACAGGAACCUGCAUACAGUGCUCCAUGCCCUCCUGUAUCGUGGCCUUCCAUGUGACUUGCGCCUUCGACCACAGCCUGGAGAUGAGGACCAUCCUGGCCGAGAACGACGAGGUACGCUUCAAGUCCUUCUGUCUGGAGCACAGCUGCACCGCCAGCAACAGUAGUGCAACCACCAACAACACCUCCAGUUUAACCAGUGCAAGCAAUGGUAACCACACCACUACUUCCACCACGAACGGAGCACACAGCACAGCCAGACCUGACUGGGCCGCUACCGGUGUCAGUUCUGAGCUCCGGCCAGACCAGCAGCAUCAGCCAAACGGCUGCAGUGACCCAGAGCAGAGGUCGGUGGUACCGUAUCCGAUUUCAGUGUCGGCAUCAGAGCGAGCUGAGCGGGACCAGCUGGAGCGAGAGAAGGUGAGCCAGAGGAAACAGAAGCUCCAGGAGCUGGAGGAUGAGUUUUACCGACUGGUGGACCCGAGAGAGGUGGCUGAAAAAAUGGCACUGCCCACCACCCAGGUGGACUUCCUCUAUCAGUUCUGGAAGUUGAAGAGAAAGGCCAACUUUAAUCGACCUCUGGUGACCUUAAAGAGGGAUGAGGUGGACAAUCUGGCACAGCAGGAGCAGGACGUCCUCUACAGACGCCUCAAACUCUUCACACACCUCCGGCAAGACCUGGAGAGGGUGCGUAACCUGUGCUACAUGGUGACACGGAGGGAGAAGAUGAAACACACCCUGUGCGACCUCCAGGAGAAGAUCUUCAACCUGCAGAUACAACUACUGGAAGAGGACAUGGCUGGAGAGAAAUCCCAAAAGGGAGAAAAGAGGAAGCAGAAUGGAGUGAAGGAGAAAGGGAAGGAGAGAAGGAAGAGUAGCCCUGAGAAGAAAAAGGAGAGAUGGAAGUCAGAGAGCGGCUCCCUGCUUAAAGAGCUAGGUUUGUCAAAGUCCUUCCCAUUGGACAACUCUUUGUUCGACAGCUGGCUCGCCCAGUCGGUCCAGAUCACCGCUGAUGACAUGCUCAGCCAGUGGGCUCUGGGUGCCCAACAUCGGGACAAGAGUGGCAGCCUGCUCUCCGAUCAGCUCCUGCAGGGCGAGGAGAGCCUGCUGAAUCUGAUGAUGGAGAACUCCAUGCAGUCCACCUGGAAAACGCCCCAGCUGGGCCGCAAACCACGAGGGAGCAACAAGCCCCGCGCUCGUGGACACCCGCAAUCCACUGCCCCCGCCCAGCCGGACGCGCUACUGUCUGCUGCAGCCGCCUCCGCAGCUAGCAGCCCUUCCACUGCAAAGAGCCUCUGGGCGAGUGUGGCGGAGGAAAAGCCGGGUCAAGCGGUCCGCAAAGGGGAAAGGCCCAGGGGCUCCUCCAAGACCCUACACCACCACCACCUUCAUCACCACCAGACCAGGAGCUCUGACCUGCACAGGGACCCAGCGCCACAGCCACCCAUCUCCAAAAUGGAUUCCUGUCACAUCUCGGAGGACCGCGGCCCGUGGGACAGCGUCCACACUGGGAAUGGUGUUGUAUCAGGAGCUGGACCUGGUUUCAGCGCGAGCUCGUCCCCAUAUCCGGCCUCUAGCCCAGGGGUCACGGUGCCCGUCACAGGGGUGGUCCUUCGCGGCGGGGCCCCGCGGCUCCGUCUGUCCCGCCAGGGUAAAUCCAGAGGGAGGGGCAUCAGUGGAGGUGUAGCAGAGUCCAUGGACCUGCCCUUCACAGCAAAGGACGCGUCCCUGGACACAGCUGAGACUGAUGGGUAUUUCUCUGACGGCGAGCAGAGCGACUUGGACACGCGCUCCGGUGGGCGCAAACUCCGCUUGCCGCAGUUGCAUUCUGGGAACGAGGACCUGCUGAGAAUGGGCGUGCUGGCAUCCUAGAGAACUGAGACUCAUACAAACACACCUACACACACACACACACACACACACACACACACACACAUAUACACAAUUAUCCAAGCAGAGUCCCAGUCUUUGAGUCCCGCUGGUUAAUUGUUUCUCUAUCUGUGCCCAGUAUACAAUAUACAAAACAUGGCUGGAUGGCUUUGUUCAACCAAAUCCCUGUCACGUUUACCAGUGGAAAAUCUCUUCAGCUCUUACCUGCUUUGUUUUUUCGGGGGAAUUUGAAUGUAGCUGUUUGUCUGUCGUACAGUAAAGCUUCUCCACCGGACUGUAGUUUGUUGUUAGCUCACCACAAAAUGCGAUACCUUCAACAAAUAGGAGAUGAACAUUACCUUGAGUCUUUUUUUUUUUUUGUUUGUUUGUUUGUUUUGUAUUUCAGAUUCAUUUUGUUUCUGGGCGUUGAAGUACCCAGUUCUGGCCUCAUGUCUGUGGUAUCUGCCAGACUUGGGAACAAACACUUCGGGGCAUUAUUAUUAUUAUUAUUAUUCAAGCUGGUUUCAGGGUCUGCUUCACUCCUGGUCUAUAUGGCCUGAGAUGCAUCCAAUGAGUCCUUGUUUUCUUGAAUAUGUUCAGUGGAAAGACAAUUUCACACCAGAGUUGGUCUGAAUAUGUACAGAGGGUGACAUGGGACAACACGUAUUCAGCCUUGAGAAGCACAACUAGCUAGUCAUAAGAGCUGUAACGUAAGCAAUUGUGUGUAUAAUACAUGUUCAUGCAGGGUUGGGGUCAAUUCUCAUCAUGUCGACUCCAAAAUGUACACUAAAGCCUUCAUUCUCAAAUUUAUCUUCACAGACUUAAAAAAAAAAAAAACCCAACAAAACAAAAAAACACAGAUCUCCAGAUUUUCCAGUUUUUGAAUAGCAGAACAAUUGACUCCAACCCUGAUGCUCAUUCUGAUUGUCACACAGAGACACAAACACACACAUACUGACACACAUACUACUAUAAGCAAAUCCCUUUUGCUCACAGCCGUUGUUGAAAUAUUUGAUCUGACUUUUUUCAGCUGCUUUUAAAUUCUUCCUAAUUCUGAGUUCUUUUUUUCCUGAAUUUUUUGGAGAAAAAUCAUCGUAGAAACUCUGUGCCUUCUGUCGCUCGCCCUGUGCCCCUGCCUCCCCC